CCAUGAGCCCGAAAGCCCUGACGCCACAGGAUGGCCGAAGCUCCCCAGCCCAACUCCACCUUCUCCCGCCCAGCCUUCUUCAUACUGACCGGCCUGCCAGGGCUGGGGGGCGCCCAGGCCUGGCUGACACUGGUCUUCGGGCCCAUGUACCUGCUUUCCCUGCUGGGCAAUGGAGCCCUGCUGGCGGUGCUGCACGCGGACACCACACUACACCAGCCCAUGUUUCUGCUCCUGGCCGUGCUGGCAGCCACGGACCUGGGCUUAGCCACGUCGGUAGCCCCGGGGCUGCUGGCUGUGCUGUGGCUUGGGCCCCGGCCGGUGCCCUACGCCGCGUGCCUGGUCCAGAUGUUUUUCGUCCACGCACUGACUGCUGUGGAAUCUGGCGUGCUGCUGGCCAUGGCCUGUGACCGAGCUGUGGCCGUGGGGCGUCCACUGCACUACCCUGGCCUUGUCACCAAGGCCCGCGUGGGCUACGCGGCCCUGGCCCUGGCGCUCAAAGCUGUGGCUAUUGUCGUGCCAUUCCCUCUGCUGGUGGCGCGGUUUGGGCACUUCCGAGCCAGGACCAUAGCCCACGCGUACUGUGCGCACAUGGCGGUGGUAGAGCUGGUGGCGGGGGACACCCGGGCCAACAACCUGUAUGGGCUGGCGCUCUCGCUGGCCGUGUCCAGCGUGGAUAUUCUAGGCAUCGCCGGCUCUUACGGGCUCAUCGCCCACGCCGUGCUGCGGCUGCCUACCCGGGAAGCCCGGGCCAAGGCCUUCGGUACGUGCAGCUCCCACGUCGGGGUCAUCCUGGCCUUUUACGUGCCCGGUCUCUUCUCCUACCUCACACACCGCUUCGGCCGUCGCACCGUCCCGAAGCCUGUGCACAUCCUGCUCUCUAACGUCUAUUUGCUGCUGCCACCUGCCCUCAACCCUCUCAUCUAUGGGGCCCGCACCAAGCAGAUCAGGGGCCGGCUCCUGGAAACCUUCACGCCCAGCAAGAGCCGGUUCUAA